UUCCGCGCUUGCUGAGGGGGGUCUGCGUCAGGACCCUCCUGCUCCAGCCCAGCGUGCGUCCUUGCCAAAGCAAAAGAGGAGCGAGGGCAUCGGGCGGCGGUAUUGAGGCGGCUGCUCUCGGAAUUGCCCGGCUGCCAUGGGGGCUCUGGCGGUGAUCUGGGGCUUGCUGCGCCCUCUGCUCGUGGCCCUCCUCGCUGUCUUUGUGUUUUAUUGCUGCUACAUCAAAUCAGUCCACAUGAAAUACGACCAUAUCCCCGGGCCCCCCAGGGCGAGCUUUUUCUUCGGUCACCUGCCACUCGUUUGGGGAAUGAUUAAAAAGCAGGAAGUUUAUUUAGAUCUCUUUAAGCAGUGGGCUGAGGAAUAUGGACCAGUCCUGCGUUUAAAUGCCUUUCACAAAGUUGCAUUAUUAGUAACGGCCCCUGAAGGAGUAAAGGUGUACUUGACAUCACCAGAAUACACAAAGGACCCCAUGGUAUACCGUGGUCUUCAUGAUAUGUAUGGCGUAAGAUUUCUAGGGCAGGGCUUGACGGCUGCUCUUGACUACAACCAUUGGCACAACCAGAGGAGAAUCAUGGACCCGGCCUUCAAGCCAAGUUACUUGAAGGGGUUGAUGGGAACUUUUAAUGACAUAGCAGAAGAGCUUAUGGAGGUGUUGGAGGAAAAAGGCAAUGGAGCAAAUGGAGUGGAUGUGAUGAGCCUGCUGAGACGCGUGACGUUGGACAUCAUUGCAAAGGUGGCUUUUGGCCUAGAAUUGAAGACCCUGCAUGAUGACCAGACUCCUUUCCCCCGCGCUGUACUUAUGGUCACAAAAGGAUUGAGCACUUCACGCAUUCCUUUUUUUGAGUAUUUGCCUUGGAACAGGAAAGUAGUUAAAGAGAUUCAGGAAAGCGUAAGGUUGCUGCGAAAUACUGGGAAGGAGUGCAUUGACCAGAGGCAGAAGGCCAUGGAGAAUGGAGAAGAGAUCCCAUUGGAUAUUCUCACUCAGAUACUGAAGAUGCAAGAUCAGGAAGGGAACUAUGAUGAAGAAAAUUUGCUGGACAAUUUUGUCAACUUCUUCUUUGCAGGUCAUGAAACCACUGCUAAUAUGUUAUCAUUCACCAUAAUGGAGUUGGGGCGGCACCCUGAGAUUGUUGCAAAGCUUCAGGAGGAAGUAGACAAGGUCAUUGGUAUGAACAGAGAUGUUGUCUACGAAGAUCUUGGGAAUCUCAAAUACUUAUCACAGGUUCUCAAAGAAGUCAUGCGGUUGUAUCCGCCGGCUGCAGCCACUCUGCGCUUGUCGGGAAAGGAAAACGUCAUUGAAGGAAUCAGAAUUCCAGAAAACACCACCCUGAUUUUCUGCACCUAUGUCAUGGGACGUAUGGGAAAUUUUUUCCAUGAUCCACUUGUCUUUGACCCUGACCGUUUUAAGAAAGACCAGCCAAGGCCUUACUAUUGCUAUUUUCCAUUUUCCUUGGGUCCUCGUUCCUGUAUUGGACAGAAAUUUGCAAUGAUGGAGGCCCAAGUAGUCAUGGCCAAAUUUCUGCAGAGGUUUGAAUUCCAGCUGGUUCAGCCACAGAGCUUCAGGGUUCGGGAUGCUGGCACCCUGAGGCCUUACGAUGGCAUAGACUGCAGACUGAAACGACGCCAUCAGUAUGAUUGAAUGUGCUACAUCGCAAAAUGUUCUUUCAGAAUUUCUGUGGUGCCGCAUUGAAAGUGUUUGUGUGUGUGU